AUCCUGCAUUCCCAGGUUUCACCAAACUAGAGAAAAAGGAAAAAAGUAUAUUGAACAAGGAACAUGCGAAAUUCGUAGAUGUUAUUCAUUCGAAUAUGGGAUAUUUAGGAGUUCGAUUUUCUGGCGCACAUUACGACAUUUAUGCAAAUGAUGGAACAGUGCAACCCGGCUGCAAAUUAUCAGAUCCUCGGUGCUCUCAUAAUAGAGCUAUAUCAAUUUUCGCCGAGAGUAUAAACUCGAAAGAGAAAUUUAUUGCUCAAAAAUGUGACUCGAAAGACGCAUGGCUGAGUUCAAAAGAUUGUGAAGGUAACCAUGAAUUGAAAAUAGAAGUUGGCGAGCAUUGCACACCUCCUAAAAAUGAUACAGAAAUUGGAAUUUAUCAGUUUCUUACCAACGAAAUCAAACCUUACGUGAAAGCAUUGCCUGGAAUUUGAAAAUAAAGAACAAUAUUAUUGAUUUACAGCUAAUGAGCUAGCCUAUACUUAUUUUCAAUUCAUUGUUUUGUAGUGCUCACAAGAGCAAUUUUUAAUUUAAAGUAUUUUUUUUUUUUUUAGCAAAUACAUUAUUUAGGAGCAA